ACAAUUUAAAGAGUUGUAAUAAAUACACUUUCAAAAGUGAUUGUCGUUUAUAUACUAUCUUCAUAAUCAAUUUUUUUCUUUGUUUCUUCAAUUUGGUAUCUGGAUUUUUCAUUAGCGAUCUAAAUUCAACAGUUAUAUGGAUUGCACCACUUAUCAUAAGUAUUUGGGUUUUAAUUCAAUAUUCACUUGUUCUGAAAAUAAUUCUCCAGUUAUUCAAACUCAUUAACGGGAUAAUUCUUCAACUCGGGGAUAUGAAUAUUGAAAAUUGUUAUCGAACAGCACUUUGCUCAAAAAUUCUAUUACGCGAAUCUGUAGUUGAGGAUAUUACUUGUGUGAAUUAUGCGAUUAUGGAAUUAUGUGACAUUUGUGAUCAAAUAGCAGACUUCUAUGCAAUUCCAACAUUAAUGAUAAUUCAUUAUUUCAUAACAAGAAUAACAUUUGAAGCGUAUUAUAUAUUUGUGACGCAGAUUUUGUUAAAUAAACUGGAAUCGCUUAAGUUUUGUGUCAUCAUCAGUAUAAUCUGUUUGACAAUAGUUUCUAGCUUGGUAGUUUUUACUUCAAACAUCACCAGGAUCACUCGAGAGUUUUCGAAAACUUCACACUACGUUUCUAUGCUUUCAAAACGAUGCGCUACAAAUUCAACUACUAAAGAAGCAUUAUUGGAUUGUUUACGUGACAUAUCACAAAGGAAUGUAAUUUUUAGUACGUACGGAGUGGUCACACUUGAUAAUUCUCUCCUACGAAUGAUUUUUGGAGCCAUUGUUACCAACUUAAUUAUUUUUGUUCAGUUUCAUAAACAGUGAUUAAUUACUAACUAAUUUUCUUAUAGUGUCUGGCUGUGAAUUUCAAAGUUCCUCUUUUUUCUUAUUUUAUAAAAUAAAUGUAUCAUUAAUUACUGAUUUUCAGAUACAAGUUAUUGCAUUGCGUAUUAAU